AUGUACGCAGAGCAAAAGGAGCAAUUGGUCUGUGGCCGGUUUGUCGACCACACACGCGGAACAGUGGGCUUUGACAACGACGACCAACCCACCGAAGGAGAGGGGCAGCCACGAAGCUCGCCUCUCGAACAUGUCCCGGAGCACCAAACUACCACGGAACUCGCUACAUCAGGCCUCGAUUCCAUCCCGCCCGAGCUGCUCGGCCUCAUCUUCGAGCACACCGCCGGUGCCGCUGCCGUGCUCAACUGUGAGCUGAUCCGCAUCACCCACGUCUGUCGGUACUGGCGCGAUGUCGCACUACACUCGCCCGCCCUUUGGUCGCACAUCGCCCUCAUGCAUCCGGCAGCAGUCGAGGUCUUCCUAGCGCGCUCGCAAACUCUACCUCUGCGCAUAUCUGUCGACAUGAAAGCUAAGCGCGGCUCAAAGACGUCAAAAGGCAUGCGCAUUCAAGCGCUCCAGGUACUCUUGGGCCAGGCCGCGUGUGGUCGCAUCCUUAGCCUGAAGAUCAAUGAUCUACCAGGCUCCGACGACUUCAACUGGGUUAUGCAAGAUAUCGCACGUGCCGCGUUACAGCUCGAGAGACUGUCGAUUGAGCGGUGCUUUUCUGAUGUGGUAAUCAUCCCUAGCGCCGAUCCCGCUUAUUUCGACGGCUUACCGAAGCUUCAAUCGCUGACGCUUUCUGGCGAAACUCCACCCUGGUUCCGGAAGACGCCCAAUGCGUUGACAACGAUCUACCUUGAGUGGCCGUUGUGCAACGUACCUACGGUGGUGCGUCUCCUAGAGCGCAGCCCUUCCCUCGAGCAUCUGACCAUCCGCGGCUUUUUCGGCGAAGAUGCGGAGCGUGGCACAGGCAAGGUUACCCUCGCCCACCUCAAGACUCUCCGUCUACAAGGCCUUUCCUCUCUAGUCACAGCCGCGCUCCUCUCGAACCUUAUUCUUCCGUCCGAACACACGAACAUCUCGCUCUGUGACCCGAAGUCAUGGGGGCCGUCGUUCGCAGCACUCAUCCCCACACACAACAUGUUCAACGGACUCCCAUUCUCGGCUCUCCAAGGCCUUAAGCACGUCCAGCUCACAUGGAAGAACGGCCUCCGUACUCUUCGCGCCUACCGUAGCAGCGAACUCGCUCACUCCGCCGCACCGGCUCUGCAGGUACACACCGCCAUGUCGAUCGAUCUUGCCGAGGGGUUCCUCAUCAACUGGCCCAUCGACGCGUCACACGUCGAAACCGUCGACAUAUACGGCGACACCGUCGACCUGCCGGAGGUACUGGAACAGGCAUGGGUGUGGGCGACGAUGCUGUCGGCAGUGCCUGCGAUGAGGACGCUGCGCGUGCGCGCGGUGACAGAGAGUACUUUGCAAGCCAUCCUCUCUGCGCUCCAGUCGCCGGGAGCAGACACGAUGGCGUGUCCCCAACUGGAGACCCUCGUCCUGGUGCAGGUGUCCCUUGUGGGGCAGUCUUGGAACGCCUUGGCGGGUACAGCGAGGUUGAGAGGACCCCUCGUAGGUGCGGGAGGAUGUCUGGCCAAGAUCGUGGUGGAGCGGCCUGUUACCGAGCCCCCUACAUCCGACGAUCAGGUCUUGCGUCUGAACAAGAUGACAGGAGUAGAGAUGAUUCUCACUGAGUCGCAGUAGCCUUCAUGCGACUGCGACCCUUGCAUAAUCUGCUUACCUGCUCACUAGUACUGGCUACCAUCCUCGACAGACAGUCUAUGCCACAGGUCUGUCCACCCAAGCCUGCUAUAGUUUCGUUUCCGAGUCCCUUGAUAUGGGUCUGCUCCAGUCCAAAGCUCCCUCAU